AAAGCUACAGCGAAGAAGAGACAAGAGGGAACAGUGUUGAACUGAUGGAAGCCACUGCGAGACAACAAAGGAUGCACGCUCCCAUCUCCCCUGUAGCUAAAUGACAAACUCAGAUAUAAAUCGGAUUGGAUUUAGUUGUUAAUGGGAUUUAAUAUCACCCCCCUCAGACACCUUCGCUGAAGAAAAACAGACACCAACACCAGCAUUUUGUUGCUAACCUUGGACAGCUCUUGCAGAUUUAAAACACCAAGAGGACCCUUUUGAACCUUGAGAUACUAAUAAUGAGCCGGAUUUGAACAUGUAGGCAUGAGAGGAUACUGCUGGACCCCUCUGACUUUAAUGUUGGUACCUCACAGUUCGUGGCUUUCAGCCUCCAUUGAAUCCCGAAAGAAAACGCCUCUAUCCAUGAAAAAUAAUCCCUCCCUAUUGGCUGGAUUGCGGUGCACAUGCUAUAACAACAGGAUAUGCAAAGAGCUAUGGGCUGAUCUAAUAGCCUAUCAUGUUGUUCGCAUGCUUUUUUGACCGAGAUCUGUAUUUUAUUUUAUUUUAUAUGCUAGGAUGUGAACUGUCUGCUUGAAUCAAGUGGUUCAGAUGCCAACAUAAUUAUAGUAAUAAUGAUAAUAAUAAUAAUUUAUAAUGGACCAGUCUGCACAGUCAAUGGGGAGCUGAGAGCAGUUUUGUAUCACAGAGCAGUUUUGCCUGUUUAGUAAAGCUGUUGAAGAAUGUUCAAGUAUCGGAUCCGGAUGUUUUUCAAUGAACUCAAAGUGUUGUUACUGAUGCGCUCUGGAUCAAGCAGGAGGACUGAACCGGGCACAGACCCGGACACGCAGACCAGGAUGAGAGGGCUCGCUAUAGGAGGCUGUGGUUGGCCGCCGUUGAGCUGCUCUCACCGGGACGACGAGGAGGAAUAUUACGGCUCUGACCCCCGGCCACGCAGCCUGGCAUUUGAAGAUAAAGAAGCCAAACCCCAGGGAGGCCUGGACGCCUCUUCCCUCCCGAGUCUCUCAGAGAGCGGGACGCGCUCACCGCAGUGCCGGAUCUGCUUCCAGGGGCCAGAGAAGGGAGAGUUGUUGAGUCCAUGUCGCUGUGCCGGCUCCGUGCGCUGCACUCACCAGUCCUGCCUUAUCCGCUGGAUCAGUGAGAGAGGCUCCUGGAGCUGUGAGCUCUGCUACUUCAAGUACCAGGUCCUGGCCAUCAGCACCAAAAACCCGCUGCAGUGGCAGGCCAUCUCUCUGACUGUGAUUGAGAAAGUGCAGAUCGCAGCUAUCAUCCUGGGCUCUUUGUUCCUCAUCGCCAGUAUCUCCUGGCUGGUGUGGUCUUCCCUCAGUCCGUCAGCCAAAUGGCAGCGCCAGGAUCUUCUCUUCCAGAUAUGCUACGGCAUGUACGGCUUCAUGGACAUAGUUUGUAUAGGCCUUAUAAUCCAUGAAGGAUCGUCUGUUUACCGGAUCUUUAAGCGCUGGCAGGCGGUGAACCAGCAGUGGAAAGUGCUCAAUUAUGAGAAAGCAAAGGACUUAGGUGACCCCAUCAGUUCCAGCAGUAAAGGCGCCGGUCGUGUUGAGAGGAACUCUUCUCACACUGUCACAAACAGCGGACGGCGGGCAAGCCGGCAUGUCAGGACUUUUCUUAACCACCACUGUGGCUACACUAUUUUGCACAUCCUCAGCCAGUUAAGACCCAACAACCUGCACAGUACCAACCAUGAGGUGGUCAUGAGGGUGACCACGGUAUGAGGCUGGCUUAUAUACAAACAAAUGUGCUCCAGUGUUCCAGGAGUCACAGGAGCUGACUGGGGUUUCAUACACAUAAAUCCUAAUCUGCUGCACAAACACUGCCGUUAACUUCUCGUCUUAUAUGAGCUCGUGUGUGGAAGCAGAAAUCUUUCUGAGAUGUGGGCAAAGGGAGAACAGUGCAGUUUUAUCUGAAUCUUUAAAUACAAAGAAGAAAUUUGAAAAACUUAACUUUGGAAAAAAAAAAAGCUUUGAUUCUUAAAGCUAUUAACUCUGUUUUACCACCCUGACCAAUAAACAUUACAAAAUGACAUUUAGUGGGGUUUUUUUUGUUUUAUAAAGAAAAAAUAAAUUAUUGUUAAGUUUGAUUUUGCUCAUAAUAGAAAGUUUGAUGUAUUCGUAUUCAUGUUACCACCAUAACAAUAGCCUCAGCCCCCUUAAUUUAUUCCAUUUAUUUCUGAGGGUCUGCCAUGAUCUGAUAGAUUUGAGCUGUUGUCAUCUGAAGCAGCUCUGAUGGAUCAGACAUUAAAAAGCCCGACACGACUUUGUGACAUGACACAGUUGCUUAAAAUAAACCCUCAAGAUACAAUACAUGUUUUGUAAUAAAGACU